GAGGGAGCGCCCCCCCCCCACCGCCCGGGAGAAACAUGGCGGCGCCGCCGCCUCCUCCCCCUCCCGGAGUCCCGGGCCGGACCCGCCGCCGCCAGGGGGGAAAUGCAGGCUACCCAGUUAUGAGACUCAGUGAGAACUGAGCUGCUGCUGGUGCAUACGGUAUGGGAACAGCAAACUUCAUUGCCCUGGCAGGCCGCCUGGAUUGAUAACUGUCACCCCUCCUCCAGCAAGCUUUGAAAUUGCACAGUGUACUGGAAAUACUAAUCCUCUCGGAAGCAGUUGACUGUGGCAGGAUGUGUGGAUGAUGAUGAUGGCAAGAAAGCAAGAUGUUCGCAUUCCCACCUACAACAUUAAUGUGGUGGGAUUGUCCGGGACGGAGAAGGAGAAGGGGCAGUGUGGCAUUGGGAAGUCUUGCCUCUGCAAUCGGUUUGUGCGGCCUAGUGCAGAUGACUUUCAUUUGGACCACACUUCAGUUCUCAGCACCAGUGACUUUGGAGGAAGGGUUGUCAAUAAUGAUCACUUUCUGUACUGGGGGGAAGUUGUGCGUCCCCUGGAGGAUUGCGUGGACUGUAAAAUGCAUAUUGUGGAACAGACUGAAUUUAUUGAUGACCAGACUUUUCAGCCACAUCGUAGCACGGCCCUGCAGCCCUAUAUCAAAAGGGCAGCUGCAACCAAACUUGCAUCAGCUGAAAAGCUCAUGUACUUUUGCACUGAUCAGCUAGGGCUGGAACAGGACUUUGAACAAAAACAAAUGCCAGAUGGAAAGCUACUGAUUGAUGGUUUUCUUCUCUGCAUCGAUGUUAGUAGAGGUAUGAACAGGAACUUUGAUGAUCAACUUAAGUUUAUUUCAAAUCUUUACAAUCAACUAACAAAAACAAAAAAGCCCAUUGUGGUGGUCCUGACGAAGUGUGAUGAAGGAGUGGAGCGGUACAUUAGAGAUGCACAUACUUUUGCCUUAAGCAAAAAGAACCUCCAGGUUGUGGAGACAUCUGCUAGAUCCAAUGUGAAUGUUGACCUGGCUUUCAGCACUUUAGUGCAGCUAAUUGAUAAAAGUAGGGGGAAGACUAAAAUUAUCCCCUACUUUGAAGCUUUGAAACAGCAGAGCCAACAGAUAGCUGCUUCAAAAGAUAAAUAUGAAUGGUUGGUUAGCCGCAUUGUCAAAAACCAUAAUGAAACAUGGUCAAAUGUCAGCCGAAAGAUGCAGUCCUCUCCAGAAUAUCUGGACUACGUGUAUUUGGAAGGAACACAGAAAGCCAAGAAGCUGUUCCUACAACAUAUCCAUCGCCUCAAGCAGGAGCAUAUAGAGCGCAGAAGAAAGAUGUAUCUUGCUGCUCUUCCUCUAGCAUUUGAUGCUCUUAUUCCUAAUCUGGAUGAAAUAGAUCAGCUGAGCUGCAUAAAAGUAGAGAAGUUAUUGGAGACUAAGCCAGAUUUCUUAAAAUGGUUUGUUGUUCUUGAUGAGACCCCUUGGGAUGCUACUAGCCAUAUAGACAACAUGGAAAAUGAAUGCAUUCCUUUUGACCUGAUGGAGACUCUCCCUGCAGAGCAACUUUAUGAAGCUCACUUAGAAAAGCUGAGAAAUGAGAAGAAAAGAGCAGAAAUGAGAAGGGCUUUCAAAGAAAAUCUGGAGACUUCCCCUUUCAUAACACCUGGAAAACCAUGGGAAGAGGCUCGUAGUUUUAUUAUGAAUGAGGAAUUUUACGUAUGGCUGGAGGAAGCUGUCUAUGUGGAUAUCUACUGCAAACACCAAAAACAGAUUAUAGAAAAGGCAAAGGAGGAGUUUCAGGAACUGCUUCUGGAAUAUUCAGAAUUGUUUUAUGAGCUGGAGCUUGAUGCUAAACCUAGCAAAGAGAAAAUGGGUGUCAUUCAAGAGGUUUUAGGCGAAGAGCAAAGAUUUAAAGCUUUACAAAAGCUGCAAGCUGAGCGAGACGCCCUUAUUUUGAAGCACAUACAUUUUGUGUAUCACCCAACUAAGGAGACUUGUCCUAGCUGCCCAUUUUGUGUAGACUCUAAAAUCGAGCACUUGAUCAGUUCCAGGUUUAUAAGACAAUCUGAGCGCAAUCAGAAAAACUUUCUUUCUGAUUCCAAUAUAGAUAGGAUCAAUCUAGUUAUUCUUGGCAAAGAUGGCCUUGCACGUGAACUGGCAAAUGAGAUUCGAGCUCUGUGUACAAAUGAUGACAAGUAUGUGAUAGAUGGUAAAAUGUAUGAACUUUCCUUGAGACCAAUUGAGGGUAAUGUCCGACUUCCUGUUAAUUCUUUUCAGACACCAACAUUUCAGCCACACGGUUGUCUCUGCCUUUAUAAUUCAAAGGAAUCUCUAUCUUACGUUGUAGAAAGCAUUGAAAAGAGUAGAGAGUCCACCCUUGGCAGAAGGGACAAUCACUUGGUUCAUCUUCCUCUGACACUAAUACUGGUUAACAAGAGAGGGGAUACCAGUGGAGAAACGCUGCAUAGCUUAAUACAACAAGGUCAACAGAUUGCCAGUAAACUACAAUGUGUCUUUCUUGACCCCGCUUCUGCUGGAAUUGGAUAUGGACGUAACAUUAAUGAAAAGCAAAUCAGUCAAGUUUUGAAAGGAUUACUGGACUCGAAGCGUAACUUAAAUCUUGUAAGUUCUACAUCUAGCAUCAAAGAUUUAGCAGAUGUUGACCUUCGAAUUGUUAUGUGUUUGUUGUGUGGAGAUCCUUUUAAUGCAGAUGACAUCCUUCUACCUAUCCUUCAGUCCCAAACCUGCAGACCUUCCCAGUGCGGCAGCAGUAACUCAGUUCUACUUGAACUACCAAUAGGACCACACAAAAGACGGAUAGAACUGUCCAUCCUUUCAUACCAUUCCUCAUUCAGCAUUAGGAAAAGCCGGUUAGUCCAUGGGUACAUUGUGGUUUUUUCAGCAAAACGUAAGGCAUCCUUGGCUAUGUUACGUGCCUUUCUUUGUGAAGUGCAGGAUAUUAUCCCCAUUCAAAUUGUGGCACUCACAGAUGGCUCAAUAGACAUUCUAGACAAUGACUUAAGUCGAGAACAGCUGACUGAGGGACAGGAGAUUGCCCAAGAAAUUGAUGGAAAGUUUACGACAAUACCCUGUAGCCCACCUCAACACAAACUUGAGAUCUUUCACUCAUUCUUUAAAGAUGUGGUGGAGAAAAAAAAUAUAAUUGAAGCCACUCAUAUGUAUGAUAAUGCUGCUGAAGCAUGCAGCACGACGGAAGAAGUGUUUAAUUCACCUCGGGCUGGCUCACCUCAUUGUAAUUCAAACCUUCAGGAUUCAGAAGAAGACACUGAGCCACCAUCGUACAGCCCAUUUAGAGAGGACACAUCCAUGCCCACUUUGCCCAAAGAUCAUUCUAAACUUUCAAUGGAACUGCUGGAGGGGAAUGAUGGUCUGUCUGUCUUUUCUGUUAUGAGCACUUUUGAAAGCAAGCUGAACAACAAAGUACCUCCUCCAGUGAAACCAAAGCCCCCUGUACACUUUGACAUUACAAAGGGGGAUCUGUCUUAUUUGGAACAAGGGCAUAGAGAUGGACAGAGGAAGUCUAUGUCAUCUAGUAGUUGGCUGCCUACGGAUAGUUUUGACCCUUCUGAUUAUGCAGAACCUAUGGAUGCUGUGGUCAAACCAAGGAGUGAGGAGGAAAAUAUAUACUCUGUGCCUCAUGACAGCACCCAAGGCAAAAUCAUCACCAUUCGUAAUAUUAACAAAACUCAGUCUAAUGGCAGUGGUAAUGGUUCAGACAGUGAAAUGGACACAAGCUCUCUGGAACGUGGUCGAAAGGUGUCUAUUGUUAGUAAACCUGUGUUGUAUCGGACAAGAUGUGCAAGACUUGGGAGAUUUGCCAGUUACAGAACCAGUUUCAGUGUAGGAAGCGAUGAUGAGUUGGGGCCCAUUAGGAAGAAAGAAGACGACCAGACAUCCCAAGGAUAUAAGGGGGAUAAUGCUGUUAUUCCGUAUGAAAGUGCAGAUGGAGAAGAUCCAAGGAGAAGGAACAUUUUACGAAGCUUGAGAAGGACAACAAAGAAACCAAAGCCAAAGCCUCGGCCGUCCAUCACAAAGACUCCGUGGGAAAGUAAUUAUUUUGGGGUGCCUUUGUCCACUGUAGUGACUCCAGAAAAGCCUAUUCCCAUCUUUAUCGAGCGAUGUAUUGAGUACAUUGAAGCAACAGGGUUGAGUACUGAAGGCAUCUAUCGUGUGAGUGGAAACAAGUCUGAAAUGGAGAGUCUGCAGAGACAGUUUGAUCAAGAUCACAAUCUAGACCUGGCAGAGAAGGACUUUACAGUGAAUACUGUGGCUGGUGCCAUGAAAAGCUUCUUCUCAGAAUUACCCGAUCCCCUGGUACCGUACAAUAUGCAAAUUGAACUGGUGGAGGCCCACAAAAUUAAUGACCGAGAGCAGAAACUACAUGCGCUCAAAGAGGUGCUGAAGAAAUUUCCCAAGGAGAACUAUGAGGUCUUCAAAUAUGUCAUCUCUCAUUUGAAUAAGGUCAGUCAAAACAGCAGAGUGAAUCUGAUGACGAGCGAGAACCUCUCCAUCUGCUUCUGGCCCACCUUGAUGAGACCUGACUUCAGCACUAUGGACGCUCUCACUGCAACGCGCACCUAUCAGACAAUCAUUGAACUCUUCAUCCAGCAGUGCCCCUUCUUUUUCUACAAUCGACCAAUUAUCGAGCCCCCCAGUGCUACACCCAGUUCUCCAUCAGCAGUUCCUGCCAGCACACCUUUCUUACCCAGCACACCUGUGAUGACUCAGCCGUCCCCACCACAGACACCUCCUCCAUCACCACAGUCUCCUCUCCAGCCUCUUCUCCCAUCCCAGCUUCAAGCGGAGCAGCACACACUGUGAACUGGCGUGGGAGAAAGGAGGUUUGGUCUUUUCUCACACAGCGUGGAGAUUGGAAAGAAAACCCAGGGUUCUGCUGUCCCCCUCUCUCUACCAUCCUGUUGCAAGCUUCAGCUGUGUUGGCAGUCUGAGAAAGCAGAAACAAGUUGGGGCAUCAGGUGCAAAUUUUGAGCGUUCCAGACUGGUGCCUGGGGCUGGGUUGAAGAGGACAUUGGACCUUUCUCUUGUUUGUAGGGGUGGGAAUGGGGGCACUUCUGAGUACUGAAUCUGUUCAAGUGUGAUUGGUUCUGAUCCAAGCCAACCUACGUUCAUGACAACACUAUCGAGUUCAGUCUAGGGCUCUGAGAUCUAUUACUUCUGUCCACUUGGCUGCUUGUACAGAACAUGUCCUUUUACUGACUCUUCGCAACACCCUCAGCUGUGCACGAGAAAGAUUCUGCCAGAGUGCAGAGCCCCAAACACGUUCCGCAGGAUAUGGUUGAGCCUCAUGCAACACUUUAAAAAAAAAAAAAAAAAGACACUAAUCAUGGGGAUCAUAACUCAGAGCAAUCUCACUGCUAGCAGAUCAGCGUAGCUACUCUGAAAGCUGCAUCGCCACAGGUCUGGACCGAGGAUCUCUCUAACAAGUACAGCUUUGUGUGUGGACAAAGCUAGAAUGUAACUUUCUCUGACUUAACUGAUGACCAGGGUGGGAAGUGAGAGGAAUCUCCCUUCAGAACAAAGGGACACUGGAAAACUAACAUGUUCCCACCAUCCACUGGUUUUAAUCAAGAGAUGAGAGACGUGGCACAGACGAUGGCCCCUUUUCCUUGGAAGCAGAACUACUGUGCAACAGGGUCCUUAGGAGAGUUCAGGCUUGUUUGGCUUAGCCAUGCCUUUUCCUUGACAAAUCACGACAUAUCUCUCACCCUGGUAGAAUUUGGCAUUAGCACUUACAGGAUGAGAGGUUUGGAAACACAGUAGAUGUUUACUAUCAGACAAGCUGGAUUUUGAUUCCUUUAAAACACUAUUGUUACUGAAACACUUUUGUUAAACUGAGUAUGGGGAGGGUGGGGGGCAGGUGGUGGGACUAGAACACUUUUUUCUUUUGUUGGUGGAAAGGUUUUUCAGUCCAGCACUUAUUGUGCAAUGAGGUUGUGAGGGAAGCGUGUGUCUGCAGUGUGUCACAGGGCUCUGAAGGCGCGGACAGUAUUGCAGCUAACUUGUUCAUGGCAGGGACUGCAGUAGUAAGACACUUCUAGCAGCCCUCAGUUGGGUGGCUGCUGAAGCCUCUGUAAAUCUUGAGGACAUUCUGGCUUUGUGGGUAAGACUCACUGCAAGUAUCCCCGCUAAACGGGAGGGUGGAGUAUGUUACUGGUGUCCCCUCAAGGCUCUGAUUUUGUUUGCUUAACAAAAAUUGUAGCCAGCCUGAUGGCAUUGUGAGAGAGGGACUCACCUUCCAGGCCCUCCUUGUAUCUCCAGCUAGUAGCAGUUAGGUGACACACUUGGGCUUUUUGACAAAGGGUAGCGGCUGUUCAUUGCAUUCUCACCUGCUGCUGGUUGAUGCCACAAAAUUAGCAAGAAAGGUAGGGAGUGAAUGUUGAAGGGGAGUGGGUGCAAAAAAGGCUGUGCAUUAGUAAAAAGGAUGGUAGGUUCUCAAGGCUCCAUUUUGGACCAGCCUUCAGGAUCCAUACUUGGAUCCCUGGUAUGGUGCCACCACAGAAAAGCGUGUGCAGGUUUAACUAGUGCUACAUGACAUGCAAAGUGCUAAUUUGGCACGUGAACUGCUGUACCUGCUGUCCUCUCCCUCACCUCCAUUUGCAUGUGCUUUGUGUGUGUGUCAUCCAGUCUCGCCCACAGCCCUGCCAUCCUGUCCCUGGCCCCUCUAGAUUGUCAUGUGUGCAUGUCACCUUCCUCUCUCCCCAAAGUAAGCUGCUUUGUGUGCGAAUCACCUCUUAAACCUGUGUUUUCUCCCCAUCUCCUCUCUGUGUGGCCUCCCUAUCCUCACUAACAUAGGGCAGUUUUUAACUGGAGUUUCGAUGGUACCAAUGGGAGAAAUCCCUACAAAGACCCUCCUGUGUCUCCUCGCACUUUAAUAUGGGAUCUGUGGUUUAUCGCUAUUUUUUAUCUUUCAAGGAUGUUUGAGUCCCUAUAUCUAGGCAGUUUAAAAAAAAAAAUUAAAAACAAAAAUAGCCUCAAAGCACGCCCUGCCCUCCUUCCACCCUUCAGCACGCAGAGCCAGCUCUCAGUGAACUCAAUCCCUCCCAUAAAUAAGCUGGGUUAUUUAUGUACUGACAAAACUGCAUUUAAAGUUAUACCUAUGACAGAAUAAUGUGCUUGAAAGGACUUCUUAUAGCAUUCCUCCAAGUUUUAUAUUCUCAUGCUUUAAAACAAAAGCUUUUAUGUAAAUAUUGGAUGACGGUUUUUUAGAACUUAAACCCCUUCCCUCCCCGUGAAAGCCCUUAGGUUGUGUAUGUGUGAUGCUAACGUUCUGAGUGGAGAAGGAGAGUUGAAGCCCAAGGUUGAUUCCUUUCAAACCUUUCACCAUAAAAUAAGGACCCAUCUGUGCUCCAUUGGACUCUCUUGCUUCUCUGUAGGCAGUGAGUAUGGGAAAGGUUUAUUUGGUGUUCUUCCUUUGGAUUCUUUGGGGUCAUUUUGCUUUGUGUAAAAAGGUUUGUUUCCGUGCCUUUCUAUAGGUCUGAUGCUAAACUUCUCUCUAGACAGCUCUUGGGUACCUCUUUCCAAAGCCUACUCAGAACAGAGCUAUCCUGUCUGAGGAUGUUGAGAGGACGGGACCCCUUCCUUCACACACACAAACGAAAAAAAACCCAUUCUCUGCAAAGCAGCAAUGCAUUCUUCCCCUGAGGCACUGAUCAGUUCCUGUUGUUCUGCCUGAGAACUAAAGCAAUCAGUCUCAGGAACUCCCAUCCUGGAUUGCUCUACUGUACAGAGGCUGGUUCUGCCCGGUUACCCAUCUGUGGCCUUGAGAUUUUGUCCUCAAUUUGUGUAUACUGCUGAAUGAAGCAGCGAGGCGUGGCGCAUAGGGAGUGGGGUGUGUAGGAAGGGCGCAGCCAUUGUAACAG